GCCCGCGGAUCUCGGAUGGCCGGAGGGGGCGGCGGCCUCGCCCGGGCUGGAGGUGGCUGCGGUGCACGUCGUGCGGAGCGUGCGGAGCCGGGUCUUCGGUGGCCCGAGCGCGACGGUGGUGGGGGUCUCCGUGCUCCCUCCUCCUGCGCGCGGCUUCUGGGCACCCCGUCACCCCGGCCGUGCCCGCGGGCCUCGCGGCCGGAGCGGCUCCCGGUGCAGCCCUGCGCGGGCCGCCUGUAACCGCGCCGCGGGCCGGACGAUGCCCAGGAGGCUGCUGCUGCUGCCCCCGCUCUCCGUGCGCUCGGCCUUCCGCACCCCGCGAGCGCGCCCCGCCGCCGCCCCGGCCAUGAACGCCGCCCGCACCGGCUACCGGGUCUUCUCGGCCAACUCCACGGCCGCCUGCACCGAGCUGGCCAAGCGCAUCACCGAGCGUCUUGGUGCUGAAUUGGGGAAGUCCGUGGUGUAUCAGGAGACCAAUGGAGAAACGAGAGUUGAAAUUAAAGAAUCUGUUCGUGGCCAAGAUAUUUUCAUCAUACAGACAAUACCCAGAGAUGUGAAUACAGCCGUCAUGGAGCUCUUGAUCAUGGCCUAUGCGCUGAAGACAGCCUGCGCCAGGAACAUUAUUGGAGUCAUCCCCUACUUCCCCUACAGCAAGCAAAGCAAGAUGAGGAAGAGGGGUUCGAUUGUGUGCAAGCUCCUGGCAUCUAUGUUGGCCAAAGCGGGUUUAACUCACAUUAUCACUAUGGACCUUCAUCAAAAGGAGAUCCAAGGCUUUUUCAGCUUUCCCGUGGACAACCUUAGAGCCUCACCUUUCCUGCUUCAGUAUAUCCAGGAAGAAAUCCCAAAUUACAGGAACGCGGUUAUUGUAGCUAAGUCUCCUGAUGCUGCAAAAAGAGCCCAGUCAUAUGCUGAAAGACUUCGCCUCGGCUUAGCUGUGAUCCACGGAGAAGCCCAGUGUACAGAGCUGGACAUGGAUGAUGGGCGUCAUUCUCCCCCAAUGGUCAAAAAUCCCACUGUGCACACAGGCCUGGAGCUGCCGUUGAUGAUGGCCAAAGAGAAGCCACCAAUAACGGUUGUCGGAGAUGUUGGAGGGCGUAUCGCAAUCAUAGUGGAUGACAUUAUCGAUGACGUGGAAAGUUUCGUUGCUGCUGCAGAGAUCCUGAAGGAGAGAGGUGCUUACAAGAUUUAUGUCAUGGCCACUCACGGAAUCUUGUCUGCAGAGGCCCCCCGUCUGAUUGAGGAGUCCUCCAUUGAUGAGGUGGUGGUGACAAAUACUGUCCCUCACGAGGUACAGAAGCUGCAGUGUCCCAAGAUAAAGACUGUGGACAUCAGUCUGAUUCUUUCUGAAGCAAUUAGAAGAAUCCACAAUGGGGAAUCCAUGGCGUACCUUUUCCGGAACAUCACAGUGGAUGACUAGGUUUCAUAGUCUUCUCAGCUCAGAACUCCUGAGGGAAACACGUGAAAAGCAGUGCUGUUAACUAUAUACACAGUUUUCUUUCACGGGAGGACUGCCAGCUCUGGUAGGUAGGAGGCCUUAGUGAUAGUCAAGAAGAUAACAGAGCUAAUGGAUAAAUGGCCUUAACUGUCCGCUGUCGUCAUAUCGCCGCUUAAAAAAAUCACACUAUCCUGAAAAAUCUUGUUGAUACUGUAAAGGAGCUCAGGGCAGACGGGCUCUCCUGCUCACUUAGUCGUUUCAGCUACACGUCGCGGUACAGAUGCUGAACUGGAGGGAAACUGAAAGCCCAAAGACUGUUUGCUUCCCACUUGCCCUCUCCCCCCAUCAACUUCGUGUCAGCCUUUUAUAAAGAAUCCCCCCUUUUUUUUUUCUUUUAAAAACCACUAUCUGUCUAUCUGUAUAGCCAUCGAAUAAUAAAGUAUCUCUGCUACUAUA